AUGUGUCAACCACAUCAUCUGUGUUUCAUUCUCAGCGUGAUUUUGUGUAUUAAUGCCGCAUACGACGAUUGCGAUGAUAAUAAUCUCAACCCUAUUAUUAGAAAUGGAUUGAGAGACGUGCUCAAAGGGAAAAAAGCUCGGUACGACUGCAAACUAGAAAACGAAGUUGCCGAUGACCUUAUUUUUUACAAACGGUAUGGCUUCGGAAGUCCAAAAAACGUGAAGGAAAUACUAAAGUUUGUGAAGAAAAUGGAAGUUGGGUACAAAGUGAAAUACUUCACGUCCCAGAAAAAAAUGUUUGAUUAUGUCAAGCAUGUUAAAGGAAAAAACGUCGGCUGUGUUCAACUUCUUCAUAUUUGCUCUCAUCUUGUGCAUUAUUACCAGGGAUACAUAUGCCUCAUCGAAAAGUCAUCUUUUUGGUGGUGGUUUGGAAACUUCUAA